UUUUAUUUUUUUUUAUUUUGGAUCUGAUAUAUUGACACAGAUAUUUUAAAGUUCAAACAAUUGAACUUAGCUAUUUGCUUUGAUUGUUCAGUGAUUUAAAGAAGCCAGUUAAUGAUUUGAUUUGUUAUUCACAGAGGAAUAUAUACAUUACAUGAGUUUUGUUAAUUAAGGGCAAACUCUAGCGAAAAGGAUGACCAAGUGUGUACACUAUAGUCAUUAUUUAAGAUAAAGAAUAUAUCAACGCUGCGUUGUAUUUCACGAUUACGUUAAUGUCCUCUCCCUUAAAGCGACGUUAGAAAAUCUGGCGAGAAUACAGGGAUAGUUGAGCCUUCAGUUGUCAUCGGUGCACUAACAUUAGAUGUGUAACAUAAGUGUUUUGGGGCUGAACAUAACGUAUCUUCAUUUCUUGAAUUAUCGAUGCAGUGGUUCUUCGGGUCACUUUUUUAACACAGAUGGAUAUAACGUGUGCUUCAAGGCUUUGACAACUUAAGACGGACUGUAAACCAAUACGUGUACAAUGGGAACCAAAGCGCUAGACUACCUGCUAACAUGUGUGACAUUACAUCUGACAUUAUUUUCUGUGCACGGAUUUAACGUUAACGUCAAAAACGUCAAGGUCUACGAUGGGCCACAGAAAGGAACAUAUUUCGGGUAUUCAGUCGCUAUGAUGAGAUCUAACGGCGUCAACUGGUUGAUGGUUGGAGCACCUAAGGCCGUUGACCCUGAGCAAGACCCCGCAACUCUUGGGGGCCUGAUCGGAGUUCGCUCCCCUGGCGUCGUCUAUUACUGCCCGAUUGAUGGAACCGAGACUUGGUGUCAGCAACUCAUGAUAGAUAACACUGGGAACAUCGAUGUAGUUGCGCCUGGAAACAGAAGGUUGCGACACGACAAGGACGAUGAGUGGCUUGGUGUGGCUAUGGACGUCUCUCCUGGUAGCGACAAGAUGGCGGUAUGUGCCCAUCGCUGGAAGAACGCGCGCUACUUCAGACAGGGCUUCCUGUACAUGCAGGGCCUGUGUUACGAGACGGCGGACUCGGGGACCUCCUUCCGGUUGGUGCCACUGUUGGUGGACAAUGACCCGUCAAACCUGAUACACAGCGAGGACCUCUACCCCAUCUGGGCGUACGGCUCCAUGGGACAGGCCGUCCAGUACUCAAAGGAUGGCCUUGAACUUGUGAUUGGAGCGCCGGGACUGAACGAUUGGCAAGGCGGGUUUGUAACAGAAGACAAUUACCGACGGAACUUCACGGUGCAGCCUUUUGCCGAUGACCGCCGGAACUGGCUUCUGGGAUAUACAAUUGCCACUGCCCGGCUGAUGAGAAACAACGUCAGUUACGUCAUAGCUGGAUCACCUAGGGCGAACCUUAGCGGCACGGCGUUUGUAUUUGAAUCAAAGAGAGAACGCGUGGUGGCUCAACCUUUCUAUGGCGAACAGUUUGGUAGUUACUUCGGCUCAGUUAUCUGCGCGGCUGACGUCAAUGGUGAUCAGCUUGAUGACGUCAUCAUCGGUGCACCUCAUUUCGCUACGAAUAGAUCCGAAGAGGGCAGAGUGUACGUCUAUAUCAACAAAGGCUUGCUGCGGUUUGAACGCCAGCAGGAUACCCUUAACGGUUCUAACAGUGAAGGAGCGAGGUUCGGUAGCGCCAUUACAAACAUAGGAGACAUCAAUAAAGACUCUUUCUUUGACCUGGCGAUAGGUGCCCCCUACGAGAAUGACGGCGAGGGUGCCAUCUACAUAUACAACGGUUACACCGGCGGUGUGUGGCCUCGUUACUCACAGAGGAUUUCUGGAAGUGACGUCAGAUCCGGUCUCAAGGCAUUCGGAUCCUCGUUUACGAAACAGUCGCUUCAGAUUGGAGAAUCGUUUGCUGUCGGUGCGUACGACUCAGGGUCCGUUGCGUUGCUCAGUGUUAACCCUGUGGUAGCCAUGGAAACGAUGAUGCAGGUUCGCCCGGACAGAAUCACGGCGGACGAACCGUACAUCGGACUAAACGUCUGCUUCAAAUUUACCGGACAGGCCGCCUCCCUGCCCGCCACAUUAGGUGUUCGGUACAGUAUGGACGUGGACACGAGCACUCCUGCAGGAAAGGUGCGCGCCCUCGUCAUCCCCAACAACGUCCCCUACAUUUCACGGGCCCUCAGCGUUCGACAGGGGGAGUUUGUCUGUGACCAGGACGUCCGGGUGUAUGCCCCGUACCAGGACAUAUGGCGUGACGUGGAGGUACACGUGCGAUACAGCCUCGAUGUAAACCCGACCUGUACGUCCGGUUGUCCGGUCCUUGAGGGCUUCAACGGCCGCCGCCCUCAACAGGCCGUCGACAGAAACGAGCUCCGCAAGACGAUUCAAUAUGACAAGCAGUGCGGAGCUGACAAUUUCUGUGACACCAGCCUAUCUCUCGACAUCAGGGCAAUAACAAACAGCGGCCAUAUAGUUUUUGGCCAGGACAAGACCAUUGAAGUUCGCGUGGCGCUCUUCAAUGGGAAGGAGAACGCUUAUAACGUCAUAAUUGACGUCUCACUUUUUGGAAACUACACUAAGGAGCUGAGGUCAUAUGGCAUGGAAGGUGAUCCAAUAGUUGACUGUGACCUACUGAAGUUUGAAAUCGAAGCAACAGAAGUGAUGUCAAAUUCCAACACCACCCAUCGGUGUCACGUGCGCAAACCCUACCCGCUAAAAAGUCAACAGGAAGUGGCAGUUCUGUUGCAAUUUCCGCUGGACAUGUAUGUCACUAAAAGGGAGUUUCGGGCAACGUUCACCGUAAGGACGGAAGAACAGACGACAGUUGAGGCAACUGAGACGCUGGUGCUUCCGAUCAAAUCUGAGUAUGGGAUCAGAAUAGAAGGUGCUUCCGACCCGGAGCAGGUUACGCUGGGUGUGCAGCAGGAGUCGAACACAUGGACAGAAGUGGAGCACCGAUACUCCGUGAAGAACUUAGGCCCCAGCCCCCUGGAGAAUGCGGAGAUACUCGCGUACGUUCCUGCCAUUAUUCACCGAGGAGAUCAGCUUAUUACAAAUAUAUCAGUCUGGUUAUCCGACUAUCAAUCCGACCCCCCUCGAAAGGCUAGAUGUUACGAGACCGUACGAGACAGCAAUGUGGCCUCAUCAGAGUCAGCAGGCGGAUACGCCAUCAGUGUGGACUGCUCUGCGUUUCCAUGUAAACGGUUCUCGUGCUUUAUGGUGUCAUUCACAAAGGACCAAUCACUGCUUGUCUCCGUUAACAUGUCUGUCAGCCGCCAAAUUCUAUCUAGACUUCAGGCACGUGACACAGUGAGAUUGGCGUCCCGUGUUUCAAUACCAGAAGUUAACUACGGAAAAUCUCUGGAUAAAGAGGUAGAAACCAUGUUCCACAAAACCACCAACAGUAUGGAACGUAAAAAGCUGUCCAUCCCCAUCUGGCUGAUAAUCGUAUCUGUCGUUUCGGCCUUCCUUGUUCUCCUCGUAAUCAUCGCCAUACUCAUCAAGAUUGGAUUUUUCAAAAGGGCGAAAAAUGAAGAACUCAAAAGACUGAAAUCAACAAAAAGAACCUCCUCACCAUUUAAAGACACUGUGCGGGACCAUGCUAGUAAUGGCUCAAGUGACAAUACAAGAAUAAUGAGUACCAUUGAGGAUACAGACGGGGCCACUGCGCAUGAGCACGAACAUGCCCAUGACAAUCCAGUCGCUAAUGUACAUGACAUCGAUACUUUCUGUGGGGAUUUCCACUCAUCUGAAAAGCAUGAUAACUUUUUAAAUGAUUUGCAAAAAGCAACUGCGAAGAAUUCUUACAGUUGAAUUAUUUGGACGUAUAUAAAAUGAGCUAUGCUGUGUAUUUUUUUUUUAUUAAUUAUGACAUUGAAUGAUUUUCAUUGCAUGACCAAUUACCCCUGUUUUAAGCAUACGAUAUUUAAUAUUCAUAGAAUGUGUUCCUUAAGUUACGAGUAUGUGUAUAUAUUUCUAAUCUCAGUUGUGUUUGCUCUACCUUUGCUUUACUUCAUUUAUCAUGACGAUAUAAGAUAACGAAUUAUAGUCAAUAAACUUGGUGUG